CAUAUACAUAUAUCAAAUUGUGAAGAUGAUUGUGAAGAUGAUCGUGAAGAUGAUCGUGAAAAUGGUGAAAAUGAAGAUGAUCGUGAAGAUGGUGAAGAUGGUGAAGAUGAUAGUGAAAAUAAUCAUAAAAAUGAUCAUGAAAGUUCAUCAGAUUUUAUUCCUAGUCAUAUAUCGUCCCCAAAUUUAAAAA